GCGGAAGCGGCGGCGGCUGCGACGGCGGCGGCUGUCAGACCUGGAGAGGGGCCGGGCGCAGCGGCGAUGGAGGGUCAGCGCUGGCUGCCGCUGGAGGCCAAUCCCGAGGUCACCAACCAGUUUCUCAAACAAUUAGGUCUACAUCCUAAUUGGCAGUUUGUUGAUGUAUAUGGAAUGGAUCCUGAACUCCUUAGCAUGGUACCAAGACCGGUGUGUGCAGUGUUACUUCUCUUCCCUAUUACAGAAAAGUAUGAAGUAUUCAGAACAGAGGAGGAGGAAAAAAUAAAAUCUCAGGGACAAGAUGUUACAUCAUCAGUAUAUUUCAUGAAGCAAACAAUCAGCAAUGCCUGUGGAACAAUUGGGCUGAUCCAUGCUAUUGCCAACAAUAAAGACAAGAUGCACUUUGAAUCUGGAUCAACCUUGAAAAAAUUCCUCGAGGAGUCAGUGUCAAUGAGUCCUGAAGAACGAGCCAGAUACCUAGAGAACUAUGACGCUAUUCGAGUCACUCAUGAGACCAGUGCCCAUGAAGGUCAGACUGAGGCACCAAGUAUAGAUGAAAAAGUAGAUCUUCAUUUUAUUGCAUUAGUUCAUGUAGAUGGGCAUCUCUAUGAAUUAGAUGGACGGAAACCAUUUCCAAUUAACCAUGGGGAAACUAGUGAUGAAACUUUAUUAGAGGAUGCCAUAGAAGUUUGCAAGAAGUUUAUGGAACGUGACCCUGAUGAACUGAGAUUCAAUGCAAUUGCUCUAUCUGCAGCAUAGCUUGUCAGUGACGGAAACACCAAAUACUGUAUUAUUUGCAACAAAAAUUAAAUUUCCGCUGCCACACACUAACUCAAAAAUUUUGAUAUUUUCAUUAACUUGACUGAUUAAACUUUAUGUGAAUUAAACUUUGA